AUGCCGGGGGGCGGCGCGACGGGCCGCGGAGUGCCGGGAGGAGCGCUGGGCGCCGCGACCCCGGCCGGCGGGGACCCGGAGGAGGUGGAGCUGAGGCUCGCGGCCGUGAAGCGGUUGCCGCGGGGCCUCGGCAGCGUGCGCAUUCGUCUGCGGGGCGAUCUCAGUGGGAAGGAGUCGGUGGACUACGUGAGGCGCAUCGGGGUCGACCCGGCGAGCGCCGUCCGCAGCGGCGCGCUGCAGUUCUACCGCGCGGAGAGGGGCCUCCUGCUGCAGGGGGAGAUGAGGAGCUCGGGCGUGCAGGGGGAGGAGCGCAAGGGCCCAUGUCCUCCAGAUGUGGACCCGGACGUCAACAGAAAGAAGGGGCGGAAGUGUUUCCCGCACGACCCGGACUGCGGCUGCCACGGGCCCAUCAUGCUGCCUGGCAUGGUUGGCUGGGCCGGCGGGGCCGGCAAGGGCCCGCACUUCUUCAUCUACGUUGGAGACGGACCGAACACGUUCUGGGGUCACGACCAUACCGUGUGGGGACAGCUGGCAGACGAGCAGAGCAUGAACGCUGUGAAAGCGGUGCUCGAUUUGCCCGUCAGCUCCGGGGGCGGGAUGAGGAUGCUGAAGCAGAAGGUCCCGUUCGAGCUGAGGUUGUCGACGCGGUAG